AUGUCAUUGAUUAAGAAAUUAUCUAUUUUAAAUUACCCAAAUAAAGACUCUUUAAAUUUAAAUGAAAGAGAACAAUUUAUAUCAGUUAUUUCAUAUUUAUUAGAGAAAUUAUACAAUAGUAGUGAUAUAAGUGAAUUAUUAAAUGUAACAGAUGAAUGGGAGAAUCAAUUUAAAAAUUUCAUUUCACAAAAACAAAUACCAAUCAAUGUGGAUAAUUUAACAGAUAUUAAAGAAAAAGAAAAAGUAGUUACAAUUUUCACAAACUUUUUAAUAAAAAAUCAGUAUAAAGAAAAUGUAGAACAAAUCCAUGAAACUAAAUAUAAAUGCCUUCAAAGAUAUAAAUUAGAAAAUGUGAAUUUUGAUGAAAAUAAUUUAACUGAAGCAGUACAUAGUUUAGCAAAAUUAUUUAAUUAUGACAUUAAACCAACAGAUGUUCAUUAUACAGCUUUAUUAUCAAUGAUUGUUAGAGUUGCUGAAAGAAAAUUCAAUGAUGUUCCAUCAUUAAUCAAAGAUGAAGAAGAAAGAAAAAAGAAAUUAGAGACUACAACCACAACUACAACUACAUCAACAACAACUAAUAACAAUAAUGAUAAUUUAAAUGAUAAUAGUAAAAAUGAAAUUGUUAAUAAUAAUAUUUUCCCAUUAGGAUUUGACUUUAAGGAUGAUAAAAUGAAUAGUGCAGCAACAAUUUUAAGAUUACUUUAUGUUUCAGAUUUAAGAGAAUUACAAAAUAAAAUUAAUCAAGUUUUAUCAAUUGUUCAAAAUUAUACAGCAAAUCCAGAAACAAAUUUUAAAUUGGCUGUUGUUGGUAGAUAA